CCCCAUCAUCGAUAUCAGUCUACCUCCGCCGACCUCUUAUUGCUUCUAAAUCAAUUACUUUUCCAUUGGUGAACCUACCAUCGAUCAAAUAAUCCUCACACAGCACUCCCCCAAGCUGCAAGCUGCAAUUUCAUUGAACAUUAGCCUCACAUCUCUCCUUUGUUCGCCAUUCACUUCUCACCGCGUAAGAAUUGACCCUCAAAUCUAAAAAGCCACCCUGCGAGGCUUUACCGCUAAGACACUCCCCGUCCUCUGUUUUACCCAAAGCCGUCCCGAUUAAAUCUCAGCUUGCUUCGACUCUUCCCUGAACAAAUUGCGGCGCAUCCCUACUUCAACCUCAAUCCCUCUAUUCACCAGCAGAGACAAAACUUGAUAGAUGAGACACUGAAGAGCUGGAAGACAUCUCUAUAGACGGAGGAAGGGCUUGCUAGGCCGGCGAAAGCCAGGGGAGCGUCGUCACAGGAGUUGGUUUCCUUGAGGGGCAUUGAAGAAUUUCUGCGCCGACCGCAACAGUGCAUGAGCCCCGCGGACUUUCUCCUCCUUGGAACAGCUCCUCCGUUCCUGAUGCCUCCACAAUCUGAAUAGUUGGACAGAUAUGGAAACGCGGGAAUUCGCGACUAGAGACGAACUCUGGCGCAUUCAAGAGACGCUCGGCGAGCUCGCUGCAACCCAAGCCGCUCAUUCCGAUAGGAUCAUGCGUCUGGAGCAGAAGACCCCGGAUGGGAGUAGGUCGAGGAGUCUAUGGGGGGCGGCAUCGCCGUUUGCAGGCGGUCUUGGUUCGUCGCAUCAUGAGUCGAAUCUCAACCCUGCAGCCGAAGCCUUUCGAAAUUUUGACGCCGAGCCUACCACAAGCAUGAUAAGCUCGUUAACACUGGAUGCUACCGACGAGUCGAGACGAGCAGCAGCAUCAAGAGCCAACUCGGUGCGAUUCGACGAGAGCGCAAACAAUCACUAUGCUUCAUCCAGACAAUCGAUGGAGCUCCCACCGCGGACAGGAAGUGGUCUCGGGGGGCAUGCACUCUCUGAAAGAUCUCUGUCACAUCGUUCAGACGGGAGACCUAGUGCUGCAGGGUUCGGUCGAACAAACAGCUUUGGUCUGGAACAGAGUCGCCUGCUUGGAUCCAUACACAACUCACCAAGAGUCUCGGGAAACCCUCCACCAGGCUUCUUCGUUUUGGGUCCAUGUCCGUCAAUCAUACGUUGUUGGCUCACCGAGUCGUUCUCCAAUGACACGCUGCUCUACGCUGCCCUCUGUUCAGGUUCUUCGAUAUCGUCAGUCAGCUUCGCCCUCAUCAACAAGCUUGAUCUGAACGACUCUGUUUUCGAGGAUGGCGAUUGUCGCGCAAUUCGGUUGUCGGUAUAUCUGACUGAAGCCAAAAUUCAUUUGCCUGCCGUGAGGUCCGCCAGUCCAGUACCUCACAUCCCUACGUUGACUGUCAAGUUCAUAGUAGACGAGCAGCCUGUGAGGGAUUCAUCGAUUCAGAUCAUAGUGGGCAGCGACAUUUUGAGGACCCACAAUGGGGACAUCUUGUUCUCGCAAGACAAGCUGAUGAUAUUCGAUGAGGAGCGGAAUCAACUGGCAAUACCAUUGGUUCGACCCGAGGACGAUGCGUCGUUCAAGGAUUUGUGCACGGUUCCCCGCAAGCGAUCAUCAUCGAUUGAACCCAUGUUACCGCCUCCAGCGUCGCCCGUCGGUGUCAUUGGACGACCAGGAAGAUCAACCCUUUCUUCACAAGGGGUUAAUUCACCAAUGGUAGCACCGUCAAGCAGCAUAGCUUCGGCCACGCCAUCUGAGCCUGGAGAUACGCGCAGAUCAGAUCCACAUGCUGAGCAGUCCACCAGAUCAAGCCUGGAUCUUGGCCAGUCAAGGCUGGCGGAUGACUCCAAGUCGACGACCGGCAGCGAGAAGUCCUUCAGCACACCGAUGUCGAAGUCCGGGCAAGGGGUCUGGUCCAACUCGUGGCGGUCCGCAUCUUCUUCUACACAGAAUGAUCCGACCGCGAAGCCCUCUUCGACCUAUGCACGUCCAAGCGCGUCACGGCCCAUGAAGAUUCUGCGUCCAGCUAAGACAAUGGCAAAUGCUACCAGGACCGCUUCUACCCCAAUGACGUCAAAUGGGACGGACAACGCUACCAAGCUGGGCGAGGCAGGUAGACAAACCAGUGAGAACGACCUCAAGGAAAACACGAAGUUGGGUCAGUCGACGACCACGACGAAGAGUAAUCCGGUCGGUUCAGGCACUGCUUUCGGUUGGCUAAAUACUGGUCCACAGCGAAGAACCACUGCCAAUGGGUAGAAGCUACGAUGAUGCCUCGACGAAGAUGGGUAUGGAUGUAACGAAGCUCAGGAUGAGGUGAGGAAGGUACCAGGACAUGGGAAAGAUCAUGUAUCAGCAAGCAGACAGCCUCUAUUUAGAUCAUUCCGAGGCAGAGCUUACUAUUUGAUAUGACGUGUAUUCUAGGUAGAUGCAGAUGCAGACGCAAAGGAAGACAAAAAGCCAGACAGAGAGCGCCUCAGGGCCAAAAUCAGAAAGGAUUGUUACAUGUAGACUUCAAAUGAAGAAUAC